UUCCUAAUUUGUAACUGGUAUCACUCCUGCGCUUUAGCAGCUGCUUGGACCAUGGAAGCACUCUUCUUCAAUGUCGACUCCGGCUUCCUUGAAGCAACAGUACGAGGCUACAAGUCCGGCAUACUCACUCAAAACCAUUACUCUAACUUGACGCAGUGCGAGACACUCGAAGAUUUUCGCACGCAGCUGUCGGCGACGGACUAUGGCAAUUUUUUAGCCAACGAACCUUUACCCAUCUCGACAGCAACGAUAUCGGAGAAGGCUACUGAAAUCCUCGUCAACCAGUUCAAGUAUCUGCGGAAUAAUUCUGUGGAACCUUUGAGCAAGUUUCUCGACUAUAUUACCUAUGCAUAUAUGAUUGACAAUGUCAUAUUGCUCAUCACUGGAACGCUUCACGAACGGGAUACGCACGAGCUUUUGGAACGGUGCCACCCUCUAGGGGCCUUCGAGUCGAUGCCAGCGCUAUGCGUAGCUUCGAAUGUGGAGGAAUUAUUUCACAGCGUGUUGGUUGAAACCCCGCUCGCCCCAUAUUUCCGCGACUGCCUCUCAGCUUCUGAUCUUGACGACCUCAACAUAGAAAUCAUCCGGAACACCGUGUACAAAGCCUACCUCGAAGAUUUCUACGAAUUCUCUGCCACGCUUGGUGGACCUACUGCGGAAGUCAUGCAACGCAUCUUAUCCUUCGAAGCCGAUAGACGAACGGUCAACAUUACCAUCAACUCCUUCAACACCGAGUUAACGAAGGAAGAACGUGCGAAGCUUUUCCCAUCUAUCGGGAGACUGUUCCCUGAGGGCAACAACCAGCUCGCAAAAGCCGACGAUAUUGACCAGGUCAGGCAGGCUUGCGAGAGUAUCUCCGAGUAUCGUGGAUUCUUUACUGAGGGGAGCAGUUCUGGAGGUCAAGGAGUGGACGAUUCCACCGUGAUGUCGCGUCUGGAAGAUCGGUUCUUCCAGACUGAGGUUCACCUCAACAAGCAAGCGUUCUUGCAGCAGUUCCAAUAUGGGGUUUUCUAUGCGUACAUGAAAUUGAAGGAACAGGAGAUCAGAAAUUUGACAUGGAUUGCUGAAUGCAUUGCACAGGAUGCGAGAGACAGGAUACAGGAUUUUAUACCCAUAUUUUAA